GAACAAAUACACAUUUUUUGCUUUUAUUGCAUAGUAUCGAUUUUAUAGUAAUAACCCGUACGACGUAUUGUUUCACGAAAGUAUACACAAUCUGGAUACACAUUUUCAUUACGAAAGUAGACAGAUCACAGACAGGGGUUUGUUGUGGUUACCGGUCAGGACAUGCGGGCAAGAUCUAGGCAUGUUAUAAAACACUCAGCUUGCUGUUUGAGUAUUUUCCAUUCCUCCAGUUAGUAUUGAUAGUGCCUGUGAAAGCCUCUACGUGAUAAUUACAGACUGUGGCUUUCUCUGUGCCUCAAGAUGGGCAAAGGAACAAAAGCAGUAAAUGGAACCGCCCCUCACAAAAGAGAAGUAACAUUUGAUGAACUGAGCAAGCACAACAAACGUGAUGACCAGUGGCUUCUCAUCAACGGAAAAGCCUAUGAUGUCACCGAGUUUGCAAAAAAACAUCCCGGGGGAGCUAAAAUCCUUAACCAUUAUGCAGGAGAAGAUGCAACUGAUGCUUGGGUGGCUUUUCACAAUGAUAAGGAAAAAGUCAGCAAAUAUCUCCAGAGCAUCUAUGUUGGAGAUGUUGUAGAUGAGCCAGUGAGUGAAAUAAAACAAGACUUUCGCAAACUGAGGCAGACAGUUGUGGACAGUGGAUGGCUCAAGCCAGAACCUUGGUUCUACAUUCUGCACAUGGGCCACAUUUUUCUCCUGGAAGCCCUGGCUGUGUGGCUUGUCUGGUACUUUGGCAACGGCUGGCUCACAACUAUGGCUGUAUUACUUGUUCUAGCGACGGAACAGGCUCAAGCCGGCUGGACUCAGCAUGAUUACGGACAUCACAGUGUCUUCCCUGAUCUCAAGCGGUCUCACAUCUUACAUCAUUUCGUUGUUGGAUUUAUCAAGGGAGCCUCAUCUCAUUGGUGGAAUUUCCGCCACUUCCAGCAUCAUGCAAAGCCCAACAUGGUCAGAAAGGAUCCUGAUAUCGACAUUGCUUACCUUUUCCUGCUCGGAAACAAACUUCCUGUUGAGUUUGGCAAGAAGAAAAGGGGCAUCAUGCCGUACAACUGGCAGCACGACUAUUUCUUCUUCUUGGGACCCCCUCUGCUGCUGCCAAUCUACUUCCACCUGGAGGUUCUUUACUUCUGUGUCAAGCGGAGAGACUGGGUGGACAUUGCUAUGACCACGGCAUUUUUUGCAAGAUUUUUUACUCUGUUUGGCCCUUUUUAUGGAGGUUGGGGAACUUUUGCCCUGUACAUGGGUAUGAGAUUCUUUGAGAGCCACUGGUUCACGUGGGUGACUCAGAUGAACCACCUGCCCCAAGAAAUUGACCGUGACAGCAAAGACCUGGACUGGUUCAGCCUGCAGUUGAGGGGCACCUGCAAUGUGGAGCCCAGUCCUUUCAACGACUGGUUCACGGGCCACCUCAACUAUCAGAUCGAGCACCAUUUGUUCCCCACAAUGCCGCGGAUGAACUAUUACAAGGUGGCGCCACUUGUGCAGUCUCUGUGUAAGAAACAUGGGAUCCCAUAUGAAUCCAAGCCUUUGUUGACUGCAUUUGCUGAUAUUGUGAGAAUGCUGAAAAAGUCUGGGCAGCUUUGGUACGAUGCUUACCAUGAGUGAUUUACUGCUGUUUCCACCUGGAGUUUGACAAAUGAAGUUUCUAGGCUAUUGAAGAGCAUGUCUUUGAUGAGCUCAUCGCCACUUCAAGAUGAUUAAGUUGUCAAAGCUUUAAUUGAUUUUUAAAAAUUUGAAUGCUUUUGCAUCUGUGUAAAUAAACCUUUGGCAAGUUCAGCAAAUGUUGGUGUUGAAUUUGAGGACAGGUCUUGAGGUUGUUUUGUUGAGAUAUAUGGUAUCUUGAGUGAAGAAGAAUUUUUAAAAACUCAGUGCUGUCUUUGAUCAGCCAUUCAUUUAUUAUCCCCUUGGAAUAACCUUCCAAGUUUACUGCUUUUCCUGAACUAUCUAGGCACGGUUGUGUAGAUCAUUUUUAAGAAUUUUUUUUGAAAUAGAAAGGGCAAUAGAAUCAGAAAUAUGUGCAAUCUAUCAGAAGUGCAACUCUAACAAAAUGUUCAUUAGUUUUGAUGAUUUGCCACUUGUAAAGGAGAAAGGGGGUAAGAGGGGCUUUGCUCCCUGGCUGUGAGAAAGAUUAUGACUUGACAGUAUCUGUAUUUCUGAUAGUCUUGUCGGAUAAACUUUUCAUUGAGUUUCGGAAUGACCGCGUUUAGAAGUGCAUCUCCAUUCCUUAUUAUUUUUUUUUCUUCUUUUUAUCUGCUUUGUCUUUGAUUAAAGUUUUCAUUUUAUGUUUUGCCAUAUGAUAUACAUUUGUGAUUAUGCACAUCCUUUUUUAGAAUUGCAUUGUGUGCCUGCUUUAAAAAAAAAAUAAUGCUAUGCUACUUUGUCUAUUGCUUGUCACAUGAACUUUUGCAACAACCUGAAUGUUAAGUUGAGCAACAUCUUAGGUGUAAUGGUUAGGCUCUUUGCUAUAGUACGCAUAAGGGAUGAAAACAAUCCCUCGUGGAUAAGUAUGUUUUUCUGCUGAGAUGCUGUAGGCUUUUCAACCCCGGCAGACCCUGAUAGAUUGUCUCAAAGCAGCUUGUCUCCUAAAUAAUCUGAAUUAUGUCAGUGGGUCGUCAGUGGAGGUGUAAACGAUAUGUCUACAAUUAUUUAUAGAGAAAGAAGUCGCUUAUCAGUUCACUAUCAGUUGUUGAGAUGUUGUAGAGUAGUGAGUUCAUGACAAGAAGUAAUGUAGCUUCAUUCUCGUUUGUUUUUUUAGAUUCUGGGCUGUUGUUUUUGGGGUUUUAAAAUUUAAAUAAUUUUUUGGGGGGCAGGUUGUCUUGGUUUGAAAUAAUGAAGCUGUUUUAAAAGUAGCUUUCAUACUUUAUAAAGGGAGUAAGAAGAAAAGGCUUGACCUUUCUUACAUGUUAGCGGACUAUCCUAUACAUUUUUAAUAAGUUUUGUUACUUAUGUUCAGUUUAACUUUUAAAAUAUUUUUAAAAAUUAGUAUUCACUGAAAGAUCUUUUGUUCGAACUGUGAUAUUUCAUGCUCAUGAGGAAAAUCUUUACUUUUAGUAAACUUUUAGCGUGUGCUUUUUGAGUCUGGUGUAGUAGGAAGGAACAAUGUGGUUGUGUUGUUCCUUACUGAGCGUUUCAGUUUCACAAUGGGGAAAGGUGAGGGAAGGCAUCAGGUGUAAAACUUUGUGGGAGCUAAGAAUCAAAAGCUUAAAACAGUAGUGAUCCAGAAAAAUUUUUUUUUGCUCUUUGGAUAUAAAAAAAUGUAUAACUUAUACUACUUUUUGCUGAUAUCUACUUAUUGAAUUAGAUUAGCUGUAAGUUAAGAGGGUCAUGAACUAGUUAUGACUUACAUCAAACGUGUCCAUUUUGCUCAAGACUGUGCCAUGGGUCGGAUUAUGCCAUAGUUCCCACCUGAUGUGAAUACAAUCAUUUGUGGAUAUCUAGUUUAAUGACAGCAGUAACUGACCCUUGUCAUAUUUUUUUGAUACAAUGUUUUUAUUUUAAUUUGGAAUACUUUUUAUGGAAAUCAGGAUUUCACCUCAGAUUGUAAAGUCACAAGAAACAUAAUGUAUUUAAUUUCUGCUUUACUGUCAUCAAUUCAAUAUGUUACCCCUCAUCUUUGCUUCUCGUAGUUAUCACCGCAAAGCUAUUGUUAUUUUUACUGCCUAAACCUCUAUCAAAGCGAAUUGUUGGAAGCGAUUGAUUUAGAUGUGUACUUGUGUGAUAGAACUGCAGUUUUUUUUUUUAGAUAAAUAGUUCAUUUGUGUGAGCAUAUUCUCUGUUUGAAUUCGAAAAUAUGUAUAUAUUUUGUGCCAAUUUUUACUUACUGUGCCUUAUUUGUAUUUUUUAGAGCAAAGUUCAUGUAAGAUGCUUUUUGUUGUCAUGUUUAUUUAUGGGUCCAAAAAAUGAGUGGUUAUAGUUAUAACACAGAAAAGCUGUCAGGAUAAAAGACUUUCAGGGUGCCCUAACGGGGCCUUCUAAUGUUCGCCCCCAACCAUCUAAUUUUGUAUGGUUUAGUUCUGCAUUCUGUUGGCUCCAUGUCAUGCUUUUAACUCAUGAGAAACCUGAAUGAUAUUUUUCAGAUCCUGGUAUUAAUUAGGCUUGGUGAUAAUUUAUGACAAGUGAAAGUUUAUUCUCACUUGUCACUGAAAGCAAACAAAUGCCCAAAUAGGACUGUAAAGCAGCAUUAUGUGAAUCUUGAAAUUAGGCAAAUCUCUCCCUAAACUUUCAAAGAAUUGCAAUAGUAUACUUUUGAGUUUUAGUCAUGGUUCUCAAGUACAAUUAAAAUAUUAGUAUUAGUGAAAUACAGUCAGGCACGGAUAACACAAACACGGAAACUCAAAAUAACGGAUAGCUUGUACAUCAUUUGCCAUUCUCUGUUCUAUAUAUCUCUUUAUUUUUGUUAUCGGUUAACCAGCAUUAUGGUUGCAUCCAACACAUUCGUCAGUCCUCGAUGUGCGUGAGUUGUCCAUGCUCGACUGUAUAUGAGACUGGCGGUCCUCUUUCCUCCAUUUCUUAUAAUUGAAAAUGCAUUUGAUUUGUUUACAAUUAACAAUUUUGCGUCGUAUUAUUUAUUAAGGUUCUUACAGCUGACAAAAUAUCCUGCUUCUACUCCUUGCUUUUCAAUUUUACACUUGUCCUUGUCCAUUCCGACUGUGAUAUGUUGGUAAAAGUCUUAUAAUGGUACUUAUACUUUGAGUCACUUUGACAGACACCUCAUUACUUCUACAACUGAAUCAUCCCGGUUACUUUUAAUAAA